UGAUACUUUUUGAACAGCGUUUGUGAAAUCAUGUGUAACGGUGCUUUUUUUUGUUUUUGUUGUCAGGACUGGAACGUGACUUGGUACACCAGCAAGCCCGACCUGACGCAGUGCUUCCAACACACCGUCCUGGUUUGCUUGCCAUGCGUUUUCCUGUGGACCUUCUGUCCCCUCUACCUGCUUUACCUGCAUCUUCGACCCCGGCGACAGCCCCUCCCGCUCUCAUUACUGUGCUGCACCAAGACACUGCUAAGCUUGAGUCUGGCGUCGUUGAGUCUCCUGGAGAUUUUCUACCUCCUGGUGAAGAAGAACGACGAACUCCACACUCACGCCGUCUUCUUGCUUGGCCCGCUCGUCCGAUCCUUCACUUUCGUGCUGUCCGUCGUCGUUGUCCACGUGGAGAGGAGAAAAGGCACCCGCUCGUCAGUCCUGCUUUUCCUCUUCUGGACUCUUCUGGUUCUUUGCACUGUCCCUCCUCUCAAGGUUAUCGUGGAGCAGAUUCUUGAUCAGAGCUUUUGGUCAGACGGCGUCCGUUUUGUGGCCUUUUUCAUCUGUUUUUCCCUUCAAGUCAUCCAAGUGGUGCUGAGCGGCUUCUCGGACCGGCGACCGCUCGGCGCCCGCCGCGUUGAGAACCCAUGUCCUGAAGAAGAUGCCUCCUUCCUUUCCAACUUUUUCUUUUUUUGGUUCAGCGGUCUGGUGAUUCGGGGCUUCCGGCGCCCCCUGCAGGCAGACGACUUGUGGACGCUGCGUGACCAGGACUCGUCGGAGCGGAUCAUGAGUGAGCUCGAAGCCGCCUGGACGCAAAAACGUGCCGAGCAGCGAAGGCCGUCGGCGACGUCGGAGAAAAGCUGGCUGCUGAAGAAGCCCCCCAAAAAGCGCAGCUAUAUUUCCUCGUUCCUGCGUGCCCUGGGGCGGAGCUUCGGGCCCUACUUCCUGACGGGGACCUUGUGCCUCCUCCUGCACGACGCCUUCAUGUUUGCUGUCCCGCAGGUGCUCAGUCUUCUGCUGGGCUUCAUGCGGGACGAGGACCCGGCCAUGUGGAAGGGCUUCCUGUUCGCCGGCCUGCUCUUCCUCUUGUCUUGCCUCCAGUCGCUGCUAAACCAUCAGUACAUGUACCGAUGCUUCACGCUCGGAAUGAGGCUCAAGAGCGCCGUCAUGGCCCUCGUCUACAGGAAGUGUCUGGUGAUGAGCAGCGCCGCUCGCCGGCAGUGCACGGUGGGAGAAGUCAUCAACCUGAUUUCCGUGGACACCCAGAAGAUGAUGGACUUUGUGGUUUACGUAAACAGUGUGUGGGUGGCGCCCAUCGAGAUCGCUUUGUGUUUCUACUUCCUGUCCAACCUGCUGGGUUUGUCCGCGUUGGCCGGCAUCGGCGCCGUCAUCCUGAUCUUCCCUCUGAACGGACUCAUCGCGAAGUUGCGGAGCAAGCUGCAGGAAGUGCAGUUGGACUUCAUGGACGGCCGCAUCAAGCUGAUGAACGAGAUCGUGAGCGGGGUGAAGAUCCUCAAGUUCUACGCCUGGGAGAACGCCUUCUUGCGUCGCGUCGGCAUCCUGCGAGACGGCGAACUGGAGGCCCUGAAGAAGUCGCAAGUCCUCUAUUCGGUCUCGCUUGCCUCCUUCAACUCGUCCUCCUUCCUGAUCGCCUUUGCCGUGUUCGCCGUUUACGUGCUGAUUGAUGAGCGCAACGUUCUGGACGCGCAGAAGAUUUUUGUGUCGGUCGCUCUCAUCAAUAUCCUGAAAACUCCUUUGAGUCAGCUGCCUUUCGCCAUGAGCACCACAUUGCAGGCUUUCGUUUCACUCCGACGUUUGGGGAACUUCCUGUGCCAAGACGAACUGAAUUCGGACAAUGUGGAAAAACUUCCCCUUUCCGACGACGGCGACGCAGUUCUGAUCCAAGACGGGCACUUCGCUUGGUGCCAUGACGGAGCGCCGUGCUUGCAGGGAAUCAACUUGAAGGUGAAAAGCAACACACUGGUGGCCGUGGUGGGCCACGUGGGAUCGGGAAAGUCUUCGUUGCUCUCGGCCAUCUUGGGAGAGAUGGCGAGGAGGAGGGGCUCCGUCCUGAUCAGGGGUUCCGUGGCGUACGUUCCUCAGCAGGCCUGGAUUCAAAACGCCACGCUGGAGGAGAACAUUUUAUUCGGCCUGGAGAGGAAGGAAAGCUGGUAUCACCGCGUCCUGGAAGCCUGCGCUCUGUUGCCGGAUCUGGAACUACUCCCGGCCGGCGACGCCACCGAGAUCGGGGAAAAGGGCUUGAACUUGUCCGGAGGUCAGAAGCAGAGGAUAAGCUUGGCCCGAGCAGUGUACAGGAAGUCCGACGUGUACCUGCUGGACGACCCGCUGUCCGCCGUCGACGCGCACGUGGGCCAGCACAUCUUCGAUCGAGUCAUUGGACCCAAAGGACUUCUGAAGAGCAAGACACGAGUGCUGGUCACCCACAGCCUCAGCCUGUUGUCCAGGGCCGACUUGGUGCUGGUGAUGGAGGACGGCCGCGUCUCCGAGAUGGGCUCGUACUCGCAGCUGUUGGAACGCAAAGGAGCUUUUGCCAAAUUGAUUGACAAUUUUAGCGGGAAUCAGCCCAGAGAAAGCUCCGCCUACAAGCGCGUCAGCAGGAAGUCGUUGUCCCGCCUGAGUUUCACCGACUACUCGAUUGAUCUUUCUCAGGAGCAGCUCAUCAGCUGCGACAUGAGCGGCGCCAGCGUUCAGGUGGUGGGACUCCACGAAGACUUGCCUUCGGAUUGUUCCGGCAAACUCACCCAGCCCGACAAGGCUCACGUUGGGAGAGUGAAGCUGCAAGUAUAUGGCGACUACUUCCGAACCGUGGGCCUGUCCUUCAUCAUGACCAUCGUUUUCCUGUGCGCCUUCCAGCAGGCCGCCUCGUUGGCGUACAGCUACUGGCUCAGCCUGUGGGCCGACGACCGCCCCGUCAACGGCACCCAGAUGGAUCAUAUGCUCAGACUCGGCGUGUUUGGAGCUCUGGGCUUGACUCAAGGUCUGGCCAUGUUUGGGACGACGCUGGCCGUGGCGCUGGGCGGGAUCGUCGCCUCGCGCCACCUUCACGCCGAUCUGCUCUACAACGUCCUGCGUUCGCCCAUGUCCUUUUUUGAGACGACGCCCAGCGGGAACCUCCUCAACCGCUUCUCCAAGGAGAUCGACGCCAUUGACUGCAUGAUUCCCGAAGGCCUCAAGAUGAUGCUGGGCUACCUGUUCAAGCUCCUGGAAGUGUGCAUCAUCGUCCUGGUGGCCACGCCCUUCAGCGGCCUGGUGCUGCUCCCGCUCGCCUGCCUCUACGUCUUCAUCCAGAGCUUCUACGUGGCGGCGUCCUGUCAGCUGCGGCGACUGGAGGCGGUCAGUCGCUCUCCCAUCUACAGUCACUUCAACGAAACGGUGCAGGGCGUCUGUGUCAUCCGAGCCUUCGGCGAGCAGAAACGUUUUGUGCAGCAGGCCCAGCGUCGCAUCGACAAGAACCAAGAAGCUUAUUUCCCGCGAUUCGUGGCGACCAGAUGGCUGGCGGUCAAUCUGGAGUUUCUGGGCAAUCUUCUGGUUCUGGCUGCCGCUAUCUUGUCGGUGCGAAGUCGGGACGAGCUCAGUCCUGGCGUGGUGGGUUUGGCGCUGUCUCACUCGCUUCAGGUGACCGGGAUCCUGAGCUGGAUCGUUCGGUCCUGGACUGACGUGGAGAACAACAUCGUGUCGGUGGAGCGAGUCCAGGAGUACGCAAACACGCCCAAAGAGGCAGCUUGGCUGACGGAGAACAAUCACCUCACGGGUGAUUGGCCGACGACGGGGAGCAUCCAGUUUGAGGACUACGGGUUGCAGUAUCGGAAAGGUCUGGACUGGGCCUUGAAGGGGAUCUCCGUCAAUAUCCAAGACAAAGAGAAGGUGGGGAUCGUCGGUAGGACGGGAGCGGGGAAGUCGUCUUUGGCUUUGGCAAUUUUUCGUAUUCUGGAAGCGGCCAGUGGGCGCAUCUACAUCGAUGAAGUGGAUAUUGCUCAGCUCGGCCUACGGGAUCUUCGCUCCAGGAUCACCAUCAUUCCUCAGGAUCCGGUGCUGUUUUCCGGCUCCCUCAGGAUGAACCUGGACCCUUUCGACGACUGUUCCGACGAGGAGCUGUGGCGAGCGUUGGAACUCGCUCAUCUCAGCGCCUUUGUGCGGGCGCUACCCGACAAGCUGCAGCAUCAGUGCUGCGAAGGAGGCGAGAACCUCAGUGUCGGUCAGCGGCAGCUGUUGUGUUUAGCGAGAGCUCUGCUGAGGAAAAGCAAAAUCCUCCUCCUGGACGAAGCCACGGCCGCUGUGGACCUGGAGAUGGACCAGCUGAUCCAGUCCACCAUCCGGACUCACUUCAACCACUGCACCGUCCUCACCAUCGCCCACCGACUCAACACCGUCAUGGACUGCAACAGGAUCAUGGUGAUGGAGCGCGGCGCCAUCGUGGAGGUGGACGCCCCCGCCCGGCUCAUCCAGCAACAAGGACACUUCUACCAAAUGUGCCACCAGGCCGGAUUAGUCUGACGGCGCAUGAGAUGUGUGCUUGUGAAGACGCGCGUUGCCGUUAGCGCGCGUUGCCGUUAGCGCGCGGUGCGUCGACCCUUGACCGGCACAGGUCGCCGCUUCCUGUUGGCGCCGCUGAUAAGACACAGCACUUUUUCCACGCUCACAUGACAACGGAGCACGACCGAUCUUGAACUCUGACCACGUUUGUUGCGUGUUCUCUCAGCGGCCCCUUCAUUAGGUACGCUCGAUCUCUCUUGACGAUUCGUGCCUUGGGUGGAUCGUUUUUACAUCAGUCAAAAAUAUUCGGAACAACCUCUAUUAGCGAUCAAAAUAAAGCGAUAAAUGUGUGAAGAUCCAAAGUGCCUUGGCCGUGAAUGCAUUUGGGAGAGAAUCUCCACCUUUUUGUGUGUGUUUAGGUCUAUAGGACUGUUUGUGGCAGG